AAAAGCCGUCAGGGGUACUGUCUAUCGGACGUCUAUAAAAGAGCAUUGUGCUCAAGCUGCUCGUAUCUGAUUAGCUUGACCCUGAAGCACAUUGUUGGAUUGGCACUGUGAGAUUCCCAGUCCCAUCGUGUAGCUACCAUGAGUUCCUGCUGUGAAGAUAACGUGAAGAAAGCCUACAGCAACUGGUCAUCCGGGGGAUCAUGCGGCUUUAAGACGAUCACGGCCGGUAGAGCCGAGGAUAUCAAAGAGGCGCUGACUCACGUCCACCAGGAUGUCCUUGACCGGUACUAUGGGUGUGGCAUGGUCAUCCCGGAGAAGUUGGAGGGCCAGAAGGUGUUGGACCUGGGCUGUGGUGCGGGGAGGGACACCUACAUCGUCAGCAAACUCGUCGGCCCAGAGGGUAGCAUCGUCGGCGUGGACAUGACGGACGCUCUGAUCGAAGUUGCUAACAAGCACGUUGGGUACAGCACAGAGAGAUUCGGCUACAGUAAACCUAACCUUGAGUUCUUCGUGGGCUACAUUGAGAAGCUGGCAGAGAAAGGAAUUGGGGACAAUAGCUUCAAUAUCCUUGUAUCUAAUGGCGUGAUCAACCUGACAUCGGACAAGAAGGCUGUACUGCAGGAAGCCUAUCGGGUGCUAAAGGAAGGUGGAGAGCUGUACUUCAGUGACGUGUACUGCAGCAAGGAGCUCCCUGAAGAGGUCAGGAAGAAUGAAUACCUGUGGAGUAUGUGUAUCGCCGGGUCUCUGUACUGGAAAAGACUACACGACAUCGCCAAAGAGGUGGGAUUCUGCGUCCCUCGUGUUGUGGAGAUAACGACGGUCGCCAUCAACAACGAGGAAUACAAGACACUUGUCGGUGACGCCCGAUUUGUGUCGAUCACGUACCGCAUGUUCAAGCUGCCCGCGGAGAGGAAGGGGCCGUCCACGGUGGUGUACAAGGGGGACAUCAAGGGUUAUGAGAAGGAAUUCAAGCUGGAUGUCAGGAAUGUGUUCAGGACCGGCGAAACAAGACAAAUAGAUGGCGAACUGGCUACGUUCUUGGCAACUUCGAGAUUCAAAGACAGUUUCACCUUUCUUGAUAAUCUGAUCGUGAAUCCCUUUGACUACGUCAGUGAGCUGGAGUCACGAGGAGAGACGCCCAAAGUUGCUUACUCUGUGGACUAAUUGCUUAUGUUUGCAGAAGGAACAACUAUUUUCUUGCUUGGAUUACGAAUUCGUCAAUCUGAAAAAAGAUCAUUGGGCAUUAAAUGCAUGUACCGUGAAAGGUUCUUUAAUAUGACGAAUACAUAUUACCAAUCAGAUUUUAGAUUUAUAGUAUUUUUAAGGACGCAAAGUUGGUCAAGAUUUGUAUGUAAUUUUUCAAUCACCUACUGAUCCAAAUUUUAAAGAUAAUUUUGUGAAAACCCAAAAACAAAAACACCGUUCAAUUGGGUAUAUUUAAUAUUCAGCGCCUUGAGCAAGCACUAGUUGCCUGGAUAUGUGCGCUAUAUAAAUAUCAUAGAAUAAUAAUAAUAAUAAUAAUAAUUUAGUUUCAGACUUUCCAUCACAUUGUCCACCAUCACAUUCGAAAAAACCUAUAAAAUUGUCAAUUAAUUAAUUUAAUGCAGGGAUCGAUAUGGUGUUUAGUUUCCGUGCUAUCCCACGGCACGGCUGAUAUUGAAAGGACUAGCAUGAAACAUUUUCAAUAUAUCCUGGCGCCACGACUAAAAUUACAAAUAUAUGCACACCCUGAAUCAUUGUAUGGACCAACUCAAAUGGUUCUAACCCAUGUUUUUGCACCCCAUUCAACCGUAUACCGGUGGCACUCCAAUCUCACAGCUUAACAUGGACGCGGCCAUUUUGAAUGCCCAUUUAUAUGAUUUUGUCUUUUCAUUAAACAAUAAUGAAAUACCACAAUUGCUGUGAUGUUUUAAGUUUAAUUUGAUCACCAAAAGGUAUGGGCACGCCUAUUUUCACAUAGGCUCUCCUAUAUUGUCUGUCUGGUGUCCGAUGGUACCAUUCGAAAAAAUGCAUUUCUAUUCCUGUUAAUGGAUUGAGCUUGAAUGUCAUAACAUCAUGAAUGGUUUCUACUAACAUGAUUUGUUACAUAUAUUCCCCAUCGCUAGGUCUAUCUAACAUGAGUAUGAACUACUUAAAUAUACACAGUUGAUGGUGUCCUAUGAAGAGGAUAUCGUCAUGGUAUCUUUGAGGAGUCGGGAAAUAAAAUAUGCUAACAACUGC